UCAUGCUGCUGCCAGGUCCAGAGUCUCUCAUGGGUCCCUGUACGGCCUCCCAUUGCUGCUGUCUCCAUCGCCACACUCUGCCAUGUGCCACUUUCAGGUCUCCUCACACACUGCUGGUGUGUUCCAUUUUUUGUCAUAGGGUGCUGGCCGAUUACGGGCCUCCCAUAGCUGCUGCCAGGCCCCUAAUCUGCCAUGGGCCCCUAUACCGCCUCCUCAUGCUGCUGCCAAGUCCAGAGUCUCUCAUGGGUCCCUGUACGGCCUCCCAUUGCUGCUGUCUCCAUCGCCACACUCUGCCAUGUGCCACUUUCAGGUCUCCUCACACUGCUGGUGUGUUCAAUUUUUUG